UUCGAGCGCACCUUUUCCUGUUGUGAGUCAUGUGACCAAACGGCUGGAUGUUCCCGCAGAAGGACACCGACGUGAUCUUUUACGAAGCAAACUGUCGGAUAAUGUGCACAUUAAUGUCCGCUGUGCUGUAACGGUGACUUAUGCAUCUUUAAACUAUCAGCAGCUUAGUUUCGGUUAAUUAGAAUGUCGGUUAAAUCAGCAGCGGGUUGUUUAACACGGACGGUUUUCUGUCCGUUCACCCUCCACACUCCACGCACUUUAUCAGCGCUCAAUAUGCGGCAAUGCAGCUCCAAACUGGCAACCCAGCAGGACAAAACACCAAAGAGAUCCGCCAUCAGACCAGCAGCCAGUUCUACACACGACUGGAUCGGUCCUCCGAACCUUCUGUCCAACCUGCGGCCCAUCGUUUACCGCAUCCCCGAGAACGAGUCGGAGCUGGAGAAACGGCUGAGACACCUGAGGCAGGAGACCGAGGACUGGAACCACACCUUCUGGACCAAGCAGAACAUCAGCUUCAGCAAGGAGAAAGAGGAUUACAUCGUUUCACAACUGAAAGCCAAAGGUUUGACGGUGCGUGAUGAGCAAGGACGCCGGCGCUCCCUCAACAGUGAAGAGAUGGCCGUGUUUUACAAAAGCUUCCUGGACACGAACAGAAUAAGACAUGCAAAUUAUAACAAGGAAUGGUACCGACGUAACUUCACCAUAACUUUGCUCAUGGCCCAAGUCGCCCUGAGGAACAUGUGGAGGACUGUUAGUGAAAGAUACAGCAGCAAGAAAAACAGCUCUCCUCCCACCUGAUAGAUGGAUAAAUAAAUAUUUAAACAUACCCCUGUCUUUAUUUUGACUUAA